AUGAGCGCGGAAAGUGAAGCAGAUUGCACAGAGGAAAGAAAGAAAGAGAACGGGGGAGAAGAAAUGCAAACUAUAGUUUCCAAUUACGUCUCACCCAAUCUAAUUGGACAAGCGGAUAGAUUGAUCGAUGUCAAUUACUCUAAUGAUUAUUCUUUAGAUUACCAAUAUGCCGAGAAGAAUGAUAGCCCUGAAACUGAAGAAGAGAAAAUAGAAGUUGACGUCGAUGAUAAAGAAGAUGAAUUAGUAAUAGCUGACGAUGGUGACGUAGACAAAUCAGAAAACGAACAACCAGACAGUAGGGUAAACGAUUUACAAAAUGAAGUUCAAGAAGAGAGCAGAAAUAACCAAAGAGAGGAGAGCUACGAACCGUCAUGGCACCCACAUGUGUACGGCAAGCCGCCAAAAAAGCCCACUCCGCAUACAAUAGAGUACAUAUUAGGAUUAUCAAAUAAUAAACAGAAACCGCCAGAAGAGCAAAGAAAGUCCACUGUCAGUCAGUUAAUGAACGUAAAAAGAAACUUCGAUGGUAAGAAACAGUUUCAUCAUGAGAAAACUGUGGAAACACAGAGGGAACUGAACGACCGCAAGUUUGUGAGUGUGCACAAGAACAAGCUGCAGGAACAGUUGUUGCAGCGUGGUGUUAGAACUGUUGACAGUGAAUGUGCAGUGCAAUAUAGUUUUAAAGUCGAUGAACCUCUCAAUCUGUCAGUGCCAAAGCCGAAGGAGUCACCAGCAUGGGGCUCCGACGAAGAUAAAUUAGGAAAAGAUCCUUCAAAAUUAAUCAAAAGAAAAAAGUCCACGGAAGAUGUCCGUUCACCGCUCGGAGGCGAGGGAUCUUUGACGAGCGAGGAGGGCGAGGAGUCAGGAGCCGGGAGGCGGAAGAAAGCGCGUACUACGUUCACGGGUCGGCAGAUCUUCGAGCUGGAGAAACUAUUCGAAGUGAAGAAGUACCUGUCGUCUGGCGAGAGGGCUGAUAUGGCGAAACUUCUUAACGUCACCGAGACCCAGGUAAAAAUCUGGUUCCAAAACCGAAGAACGAAGUGGAAAAAGAAAGACAACGUCACCAAUGCAGAAGUGGCUGAAAUAAAGCAGCAGAACAAGCCCAGUUCCGAAGAGAAGAAGACAGAAGAUGUCAAGGAAGACCCUCUAGCAUUGGAUAUGUCUAAAAAGAACUGUAAUAAGAUUUUAAGCGAGAAACUUAGAAGUACAAAGCAGACAGUCCAAAACGCAGUGCCAAAGCCGAGAAGAGUAGAGAAGGGAGUAGUACUAGAGACAAUAUGUGACGCUAAUGAUAUUGAAAGUAGAAUUUCAAUAACGAAGAUCACGAACAAGCUAUCCAGUACUGAUAUAGCGGGGGAAGCUUGUAAGGUUUCAGUGAAGAGCUUCAGUCCAGAAGAAGUAAAAGACUUGAAAUUCGACAGCUUAAGUAGAGACGUCGAAAUGUGA